AUCAGGAACUUUCAAAAAAACAAAACACCACAGAACUUCAUAGGCCACCUUAGGGCUGACAAAACUCUAGCAGGUUUCUAUUUAUGGUUUUAAUUUAACAUCAGCUGCCUUAUACACAGUGCGUUUCUAUAUCCCUGUGCAGAUAGACAAGUCGCUCAAGCCUCACUUUUUAUUUGGAAAGAUACUGCGUUUAUUUAAAACCAAGUUUGCUGAGAAAAAAAAAGUCUGCAUUGAGUUGCAUGACAUGACUCCCUGAGCUUCACAGAGGCACUUGAAGAGCCCUUACAGAAUAUCCAAACUGAGAACGUACUUCAUGCAGCAAGCCUAUAGGAUGGAGGGGUAUAUCUUACCACAUCCUGCAGAAGAAAUGAUUUCGUAUGAUCCUGAAAUUUACAGACAACCCCAUGAAUAUUAUCCCUAUCUGAGCAGCGACGGAGAAAGCCAUGGAGAUCACUGUUGGGAUUACCACCCGCACCACAUCCACAGCAGUGACUUUGAAGCUUUCCAUGAGAAUAACUUCACUGAGUUACAGAGCGUCCAGCCUCUGCACCUGCAGCAGCUUCACCGUUACACUGAAAUCGACCCCCUGCACGCCAUUGACCCCGCUCUGGGGGCCACACACGUCGGAAUAUCCCCCCAGUUUGUUGCUGGCACCUGGAAACCUGAAUGGAAGUUGGUUUCACCAAAUAUGCAGACUAUGCCUGAAAAUAAAACACACGGCAAGGUGCAGUAUUUGCAGCGAGUCUUUCCUUUCCAGUCUCCAGCCCAGCGCAGUUCGGAUGAUGAUGACUUGGAGAGACGGAGCCCUCCCUUCGAGGUGUCUGACGGAGAGACAGACCCUGCGGGCAGUAUUCCUUAUGCAGCCACUGGAGAAUCAGGAAGUAAGAAGAAGAUCCGCUUGUUCCAGUUCCUGCUGGACCUGCUCCGCAACGGGGACCUGAAGGACAGCAUCUGGUGGGUGGACAAAGAGAAGGGGACCUUCCAGUUCUCCUCCAAACACAAGGAAGUCCUGGCCCACCGCUGGGGGUUGCAGAAGGGCAACCGCAAGAAAAUGACCUACCAGAAGAUGGCCCGGGCACUCAGAAACUACGGCAAGACCGGCGAGGUGAAGAAAGUGAAGAAAAAGCUGACGUACCAGUUCAGUGGCGAGGUGCUGGGGAGAAGCAACGACAGAAAGAUGUACUCACACUGAUACAACUUCAGAGCUGAGGGAAAACCCACAGCAAAGCCUUAAAGACUGUAGCCAAAAAAGUCUUGGUGCUUCCUUUCGCUUUCGUAGAGUACAUUGAAAUAUCAAACUUACAGGCACAUAAAAACAGAACAAAACAGGUAGUCGAUUUGCUAACAGUUUAUAUUAAGUGUCUCUAAUUACUGUGCAUUUACAUAGUUGUUACUUAAUAAAUACAUGUGUACUUACACAUAAUUACAAUGCUAUUAUGCAUAGUUACAAUGUACUUAAUGUGUAAAUGUUUUUGCAUGAUAUAUGUAAGUACACAAUUGUAUAAGAAAAGGGUUAGGGUUAGGAUUAGGGCUAUAUCAUGCAAAAAGAUUUACACAUUAAGUACAUUCUAACUAUGCAUUGUAAUUGUGUGUAAGUACACAUGUAUUUACUAUGUAACUACUGUGUAAAUACACAGUAAUUAGUGAAACUUAAUCACUAGAUGAGUUCAAUGCACUGAAGGAGUUUAGCUUAUACAUACUGGUGACUGGCUGAGAGGAGCCUUUCUAAUUAAAACAAGAAUUGCAUUGGUUCUGAUAAUACUAUUAGUUAAUUUAGAUGUAUAGCUUUCCACUGGCAAAACUGUUUGCAUUGUACGUAGCAUGUAUGUGGCCGUAAUCUCAGCUCUAAACCCGCUGCCUCGCGUCCAAAGGAAGCAUGUACUGUACAGUUGCUUUCAUAGCAAUGGCCAAUCAUGUCGUUUCCAUUGCUGUUGGAUCUAGAAGUCUAUGUUCAUCUGAGGUCGACGUGGCCUUAAACUUAUAUAUGCACUGCCACGAAUGCAAUGUUAAAGGACUCCUAGACAGAACGAGUGAAAAUGCAUUUUUUUAAACAUUCUGUUGCAAGCUCUUACCUGCCAAGACCUUGAAUUCAAGGGGAAUGCUGCAUUUCUUUUAUACUUUGAUAACUGGACAUGCCAUACUUUUGCACUGAUAAAUAUCAAUAUGGCGAUUAUCCCACCUAUUCCAAUGACGUAAGCAUUAAAACCGGGGUAAAACUCCCAAACAGAACUGCAAAAGCAGGAGUGAUAAAAUCCCUUCAUAUUCCCACUGUUGUUGUGUUACUUCAAUUGUGUCUUAUUUCAACUAGGAAUGUAGCUUGAUCCACAAACCACAGGACAAUUAAUACAAAUAUGAAAGAGAACUAGUAAAUAUAUUCUUUGCCAGGUGAAUGUAGCAAUAUUAUCGACUGUAUCAUAAUUCCAGCCAAAUAAAUGUAUUUAGAUCCUGUAGCUAAAUGGUGCAAACAGUGCACUGCAAUAAAAAAUAUGAUGAAAUAUGUUUUUUCAUAUAUACUAUUACAGUAAAGAUCAACGAUCGAAAGGCAACACAGAGUACCGGGAGCUGCUUUAAUAAUAUGGGGAACUGCAUGUUAUGAAAAGCAGGAACUGAUACAGAAAAACACAGCACAUGUAGAAAGGAGCAUUGUUCCUAAUGUCUGCAGCCACACCUCACUUGAUGCAGCACUUUCUGUGCUCUCCAAAUUGAGCUGGCUGUAUCAAGCAAUCACAGAGCCUACAACAUUACAUGAUAUUCUUCUGUAUUGUUUGCAUUUUGUUAGGUAUUUAGGAAAGAAUUCUUAUAUCAUUCUGUUAUAGGCAAUGUGUGAUAUGCGUGUUCCAAAACUGUUAUCCAAGGGUUUCAACGUGAUAUUUGAAAGUCACUAAGUCAGUUUUGAUCAAUUGAAUGAAGUCUGGCAUGCUUCAUUAAAACAGGCUUAACAUGAGGUAUACACAGGGUAUAGCUGUUUUUCAUACAAAAAUGUAAUUUAAGUUUGCAUUAAUAAUCAUGAUGUUUUUUUUCCUUUUUUUGGAAAUGUAAUUUGAAUGUUUAACCAUUUAUUUGUUGCUGUCAUGGAUGAGCAAAUAGAUCCAAGUCAGAAAUAUUUAACGUGAUACGUGAUACCACUUAGUAUUCACAGUCACUUGCUUUAGCAAUUUCCAGUAGACUCAACAUUAGACAUUAGUGAUGAAGGACAAUCAUAUUAUACGGUACAUUUCACAAUUGGCAUCCAUGUGCUGAAUGAAUAAAAAUUGGUGGACAUAUAAUAUGUGUUAAUAUAAAAUAAAUUAUUUUUAAAUAACUCAAA